AUGUGUAAUAUUCCUAAUAGAGUAUGUCUUACCUCUGAUGUUUGGACAGCAGCUACGAGUGAAGGUUAUAUUUGCUUAACUGUUCAUUUUGUUGAUGAGAACUGGAGAUUAGUAAGUAAGAUUCUUAAUUUUUGUCGAAUGAAACCACCUCACACUGGAGUUGAAUUAGAAGCCACUUUAUUUGAUUGCUUGAAGCAAUGGGGAAUUGAUAAAAAAGUUUUCUCUAUUACUUUAGAUAAUGCUUUUGUCAAUGACAAUAUGCAAGAUAUUUUGAAAAAUCAUCUUCGUGUGCAGAAUAGUUUGUUGUGUGAUGGAGAAUUUUUUCAUGUGCAUUGUUCUGCUUAUAUACUCAAUUUGAUUGUACAAGAGGGUCUAAAAGUAACUAAUGAAACACUCUUUAAAAUUAGAGAGAGUGUUAAGUAUGUGAGAGGAUCUGAUGGAAGGAUGAUUAAAUUUCAAGAUUAUGUGCAAGAUGCUGGAAUAGACACAACAAUUGGGUUAAGAUUAGAUGUUUCUACUAGGUGGAAUUCAACAUACUUAAUGCUUGAAAGUACAAUCAAGUAUGAAAAAGCUUUUGAUAUUCUUCAGGUGGUUGAUAGAAAUUAUAAAUAUUGUCCAUCAUAUGAGGAAUGGAGAAAAGGAGAGAAAUUAUGUGAAUUUUUAGAGCCGUUUUAUGAGACUACAAAUAUGGUUUCUGGUUCUUGUUAUCCGACUUCAAACUUAUAUUUUAUGCAAGUUUGGAAGAUUGAAUCUUUUGGAGCUAUUCUUGACCCUCGUUUAAAGCUUGAUUUUUUAAGAUUUUGCUAUACCAAGCUUGAUCCUUUAACCUCUCAUGAGAAGGUCAACAAUGUGAAGGAUAAGUUUGAUAAGCUUUAUGGAGAAUAUGCAAACAAUUUUAAUGCUACAAGUGGUUCUAAACCUUCCAAUGAAUCCAAUUUGUUGUCAAAGUCACAUGGAGAUGGAAAUAGGUCAAAGAAAUCAAGAUUGUUCAAUGAGUUUAAAAUGUUUCAAAAUGAAACUAAGUCUACCAUUGGUAAGAGUGAAUUGGAUUUGUAUUUGGAUGAGUCACAAGUUGAUUAUGAUGAUACUGAAAAAUUUAAUGUGCUUUAUUAUUGGAAAAGUAAUGAAAAGAGAUUUUCAACACUCUCUAUAUUAGCAAGAGAUGUGCUUAGCAUUCCAAUCACUACAAUAGCAUCAGAAUCUGCUUUUAGCAUUGGUGGACGUGUUCUCACUAAAUAUAGAAGUUCUACACUUCCAAAAAAUGUGCAAAUGUUAAUUUGUGCUAGGAAUUGGUUGCAUGGCUUUGUUGAAAGUCCAAGUGAUAAUGAUGAGACAAAAACUCUAGAGUCUAGUAUGCAACAAGAUAUUGAAGAUUAA